GUCAUUAGAAGAGGCGGAGACAAUGUUGUGUAAUAGACCACUUCCUACAGAAGAAAACCCGAUUGUACACGAAGGAGAUAAUACGCCUGUGAAUCUUUUUGCUUCUAUAUUGAAUGAAGGAUCAGCUUCAGCUUAUUAUUAA